UUCACUCUCUUGAUUCGUUUUCGUCCUACCAUAAACACUGACGUCUCUUAAUAUCUUCUUCACCUCCACCCCUGCUAUAAAUUCAUCGGCAACGUUCCCUAGCCCGUAAUCUUAUUCUCUCUCGUUUCUUCGGAUCUCCCCUUUAGCUCACCCGCGAUCUCCCAGCCAGCGCCGGAUUCGGAUUUUCUCUACCUGUUUCGUACCCUAUCAGCUGUGCGCUCUCUUAAUUAUUUGAAUUUUGAAUUCAAAAGGUUGAAGAUGGAGCCCAUGGAUAUUGUUGGCAAGUCGAAAGAGGACGCUUCACUUCCCAAAGCGACUAUGACCAAAAUUAUUAAAGAGAUGUUACCUCCAGAUGUUCGUGUUGCAAGAGAUGCUCAAGACCUUUUGAUAGAGUGCUGUGUAGAGUUCAUAAAUCUCGUGUCAUCGGAGUCCAACGAAGUUUGUGGCAGAGAGGACAGACGGACAAUCGCACCUGAGCAUGUGCUCAAGGCCUUAGAGGUUCUCGGGUUUGGUGAGUACAUUGAGGAAGUUUAUGCUGCAUAUGAGCAACACAAGCUUGAGACAAUGCAGGAUUCUCUAAGGGGAGGUGGCAAGUGGAGCAAUGGAGCCGAAAUGACGGAGGAAGAAGCAGCGGCUGAGCAGCAGAGGAUGUUUGCUGAGGCACGUGCUCGAAUGAAUGGUGGGACCACCGCUCCUAAGCAACCGGAAACUGACCCAAGUUUAGAGAGCUAACUUUAGGACCUUUUAGCCUUCCUUGAAGGCUUGAACCAUAGGCAAGCAUCCUUGACUCCUACACAAAUGCUUCUAAUCUUUUGUAUCAUGUACAGAAAGUCAUUGGCAAGUGCACUGGCCUUUGUGGAUAUGCUCUUUCCUUUUGUACUCUAUAUAUGACUCAUAUUUAUACCUUAAUGUAAUUAGUGACAGUUUCUCAUACUCCUUUCGCUUUAGAAUCUAUAUAUAUGUGGUUAAGGUUAUUGUCA